AUGAUUGGCAAGGUAGCUGGAACAGCGGCAGUCGCUGGCCUCUCUUUUCUGGCCGGUAAAUAUUCCAAUGACGACUUGCCAUUCUUCCGGAACAUUCAUUCGGCAACAAAUGUUCUGAUGAACCAGAUUCAGUUACCAGCAACAGUUUCAACUGAUCUUAAACCGGCUGAGCUGAAUGCUGACACCCUAGGACCGUCUCGUUCUGCGGAGAUUAUGAAGCAUGGGUACCCAGGUUUCACCAACGUACGAACUUACGAAGAUUUUGUUCUAUCAUACGACUUCAAAACCAAGACUGCUCAUUGGGUUUGCGAACAUUUAACACCAGAAAGACUGAAACAUGCAGAUGGAGUCGACAGAAAACUUUGCGAAUUCAAGCCAGACGUCACCUUCCCUCAAAAAUUUCUGUCACAAAAUACUGAUUACCGGGCUAGCGGUUUUGAUCGAGGACAUUUGGCUGCUGCUGGAAACCACCGGAAGAGUCAAUUGGCUGUCGAUCAGACAUUCUACUUGAGCAACAUGAGUCCACAAGUUGGAAGAGGAUUCAACAGAGACAAAUGGAACGAUCUAGAGAUGCAUUGCAGGAGAGUGGCGAAAAAAAUGUUGAAUACUUAUAUUGUUACUGGACCUCUUUAUCUCCCGAAGUUGGAAGGAGAUGGAAGAAAGUACAUCAAGUACCAAGUGAUUGGUGACAACAAUGUCGCUGUACCAACUCACUUCUUCAAAGUGGCUUUGUUCGAAGUGACUCCUGGAAAAUUCGAGCUGGAAGCUUAUAUUCUCCCCAACGCCGUCAUUGAAGACACUGUUGAAAUUUCAAAGUUCUACGUGCCAUUGGACGCUGUCGAAAGAAGCGCUGGUCUCGAAAUAUUCACACGAAUCGACCCGAAAAGCAUUGUGAAGGUCAAUGGAGUGAAGAAAGGAGGACUCCUCUGGUGA